AUGUCGGACUACGAAGCUCUUAAGGUCUUCUCCAGACAACCAGUGUCUCAAGAAAUGGUUGAGUUUUUGGCUGCCACUACGUGUUCUGUCAUCCAGGUGAAGCCUGUUGUCAAUCCUAAAAGCCUUCAGGGCCUGAUGGUUGUUACUCCUGUGACCAAAGAGGCGGUUCCUUUGACCCAGUUUAUUUCCAAGUUGAUUGAAUAUUCAAAUGUGCAAACGCCCACUCUCAUGGCUGCCUUGGUAUACUUGAACAGACUCAGAAAUGCUUUGCCAGGCAACGCUGUGGGUAUUGAAACCACCCGCCACCGUAUCUUUUUGGCUUCUCUCAUCUUGAGUGCCAAAUCCCUUAAUGAUUCCAGUCCGUUGAAUAAGCACUGGACAAAGUACACUGACGGUCUCUUGUCCAAUAAGGAUGUCAACUCGGCUGAACGUGAACUUAUUGGCAUUUUAAAGUGGAACUUGAAUGUCGAUGAGCAGGAACUCGUGGCUGCUUUGCAACCUUUCCUUACCAGAAUCAAAAAGGACCUCCAGAGAAAGCACGAACUCGAGUGCAACGCCAAAUCAGAAUACUACCGCAUGUCGAGCUUCUACUCCAGCAACUCGCUUGCCUCGUCUCGUUCUUCCUCCAAGAGUUCCAUCUUUUCUGCUUCCAACUAUUCCCUUAGGAGUGCUGCUUCGAGCUCCCAAAACCUUGCUUCUGAAAACGAUCCAGCUUACAUGGCUCCUUCCAGCAGCAGAAUGCCUUUAGCUGCAAGACUGUCAACUGCACUUAACCAGAUGCACAAGAACAGUUUCUACAAGACCACAGACACAUCAGUACGCUCAGGCGGACUUUUGCCUUCUGCUGUUGUCUAG